CAAAAAUAUAAUUUGACUAAAGUGGAGUCAGAAGCGUGCCAGAGCAUAUUAAAUAAAAAUUGCACUUGCAAUAUAUUAAAAUAUAUAUUUUCUUCUGAUCUUCUGCCAUGGGUCGUCGCAAGUCCAAACGCAAAGGAGCCCCAAGAAAGAAAAACAUUCAGCCGCUGCCCAUUCUUUUCGAUUGUCCUUUCUGCAAUCACAAGCAGUCCUGUGAAGCAAAACUGGAUAAGGUGAGAAAAAUAGGAAGAGUUACCUGUACCGUGUGCCAGGAAUUUUUUCAAACACAAAUCAACUUUCUCACGGAGGCAAUUGAUGUAUUCAACGAUUGGAUUGAUGCUUGCGAGGAGGAAAACUAACGUUUAACUCUUUUUAAUACGCUUUAAAAACAUGUAAACACUUUUUGAAAACUUAUAAGCAGUAAACCUUAAGCAAACUGCUCUUAUACUUCAAAUAUACAUGGAAUUCUACUUAUACGCGUGUAUUAUACAUAAUAUUUUACAUUCAUACAUUUCUGCUGCAUACUUUUGAGCUGUGACCU